UGACAGACAUGUUCGAUAAGCAAUGUAUAACGUCUGCUCGACACCCCUAUGCCAAACAGCUCGUGUACGUUACAGCAUGGAACCCUUUAUAUAGACCAACGAACGGUGGUUAAAUACCAGUGUCUCUUCUCUCUCGAAACCAUGAAGUCCUUCCUGACCUUGACCUUGGCUGCCGUCCUUUUGGCCAGCUGUUCCGCCCAGUGGCGCAGGGGACCAUUUAUCGUCGGAUUUGGCGGGGAUGAUGGAAUCUUUGAUGAUGGAUUCUUCGAUGAUGACUUUUACGAUGAUGACUUUUACGACGAUGAUUUCUUCGAUGACGACUCCUUUGGUUUCUUCCUUGGCGGGCCAAGGAGGGGAGGAUUCGGAAUGGGAGGCGUUUCUCCAUUCGUCGAAGGAAUGAACGCUGGUGGGUUUAUGGGAGGAAUGGGCGCUGGUGUCGGUGGAUUUACGGGCGCUAGUGGAUUUGGAGGAAUGGGCGGUAUGAUUGGGGGACACAUCGGAGGAUCUGGAUAUGGAAAGAAACACUACGGCGGAUACGGAAAGAAGAUGAGCGGAUAUGGUAAAAAGAUGACCGGUUACGGGAAAUCUUCCGCCAUUUCUGUACCUAUGGUUUCAGGAUACCAUACAUCAAGCUAUCCACAAGUAGGGUAUGCUGGAGGAGCAUCCUAUUAUUAGGCUGGCUAUGCCUGAGUAUCCUUCUCCCUUCUUCUUUCAUCAGGCUUGAUAUGAUGAAGAAUCCUUUAUUGUAGAUUUUGACAAAGAUUCUUCUCCAUUUAAACUCUUAUGCCAAAAUAAUAUAUAUAUAUGUGUCAGAGGAACCCAGUAUAUAUAGUUUAAGAUGUCACACGAGUGAUCCUGGUUUGUUAAGUUUUAUAUGUAUGUGGAUGUAGCUAUAUUUUUAACCUAUAUUAGAGAUGUGAUAUAAGUUUUCUUAAGCAAAAUCUUUCCGAUCGCUGCAUACUUAUUUCAGAGAAGUUUGAGAGUUUGUUAUAAGAUAAUAAAACCUUUGUUGCUAGCGAAUUUUAUUACUACAUAGAAUGUGCAAAGUAUGUGAAUAAGUAAUUAAAAAAACCAAAAUUUAAGCAGUAUGCCAUAUCGACAUAUCUAGUUGAGAAAUUCAAUAUUCUGAAAAUUAUAUAAGUAUAUUAAUUAUAUAUUUGUGUAGAAAGAAGGUGGUCAAGUUCAGUAACUUAUUCUGGACAUGUGUGCCCAACACCAGUUUUAUGUAUUUGUACAGGAAGAAUAGGUUCGUGUUACAUGAUUGUGUAUAUUCAUUAAAUUCAACUAAAAUCUUACACAAGAUGGAAUCAUUAUCUCUGUUAACGUUUUAUUAAACAUUGUCUGCUCUCUAUUAAGUAUAUAAGUGAAUAUGGAUUGAACAGCGGGCAAAAAUAGCCUAUAUUACCUCUCUCCACCUGAGAUCAAGGUAUAAUUAUUUAUAAUACAAAUAGUGUAUACUUUCAUAAUUAUAUCUAUAUAUUAACAUGAAUGUUCUAUUCCUUGUAUGUAUAUUGUGUAUUUAUAUACCUAUUAUUUAUGUAAAUUUUAUUUUAUGUUUAU